GAAUAUGAAGAGCUUAGAGCAGAGAAUAAGAAAACGAAAGAGGAGUGUGACAAAAUCAAGCAAGAACGAGAUGAGGCUGUCAGAAAACUGGAGGAGUUUCAGAAAAUUUCUCACAUGGUUAUUGAGGAAGUAAACUGUAUUCAGAACCAUCUUGAAAUUGAGAAGACGUGCCGUGAAAGUGCUGAGGCUUUGGCUUCUAAGCUGAACAAAGAAAAUAAGACCUUGAAAAGAAUUAGUAUGCUUUAUAUGGCAAAACUGGGCCCAGAAAUUAUCACUGAAGAGAUUAACAUUGAUGAAGAUGAUUCAUCCACAGAUACAGAAGCUAACUCUGGAUCAUGCAAUUCUAUGCAUUGUCAGCAGCAAAUAAAAGAGCUGCGAGAUCAAAUCAUAUCUGUUCAUGAGGAAAAGAAGACCCUAACCAUUGAACUGGAAAACCUGAGGUGCAAACUUGUAGAAGUAAUUGAAGAAGUGAAUAAAUUGAAAGAAGAAAAGGCUGUUUUGACAACAGAAGUUAAUAGGCAGCAAAAACUGUUGGAGAAAUGUAACAGAGUGUCUGUGCUGGCAGUAGAGGAAUACGAAGAGCUUCAUGUAAACUUUGAACUGGAAAAGAACCUGCGGAAGAAAGCAGAGUCAUUUGCACAAGAGAUGUUUAUUGAACAAAACAAGAUGAAAAGGCAAAGUCAGUUGCUUCUGCAAAAUUCUGCUCCUGAUCAACAGCUUUUGAAGGCUUUGGAUGACAAUGCUAAGCUAACCCACACAUUAGAAGAAGAGAGGCUUCAACACCAACAAAAGAUCAAAGAAUUGGAAGAGCAGCUAGAGAAUCAAGCACUGCAUAAGGAGAUUAGUCGUCUUAAACAGCAACUAGAACUUUUGGAAGAAGAUAAAAAGGAACUAGAGCUUAAGUGUCAGAGCUCAGAAGAAAAAGCUAGAGACCUAAAGCAUUCAGUUGCUGAACUUCAAAAACGAAUACAGCAGUCUGAAAAUCCUGCACCACCUCCUCCACCGCCACCCCCUCCUCCUCUUCCUCCUCCCCCUCCUCCUAACCCUAUACGGUCUCUCAUGUCAAUGAUUCGCAAGAGAUCUCACUCCAACACCAGCGUGAGCAAGAAGGAGAAACCUCCUCAGCAGGAGUCAGGUGAAGAAGUUACGGACCUGAAGAGACAAGCUGUUGAAGAAAUGAUGGACAGAAUUAAAAAGGGAGUUCAUCUGAGACCAGUCAACCAGUCAAGCAGACCUAAAACAAAGCCAGAAACACCAAAGCCCUCUGAAAGUGCAAUGAAAGAAUUAAAAGGGAUCCUGACAGGACCCUCACUCCAAGAGGUCCAUGUCUUUCCUGUGCUAAGGGCCCCAGAGCUGGAUGCAGGGCUCCAG